GGGCGGGGCUGAGGUCCCCAGACCGGAACUCCCCAACUGGAGAGGAUGUUCCGGAACCCCUGCCCGGCGCAGGGGAGGGGGGAAGGCGGGGAGAGAACCUGCCUCCCACAAAAUUUCCCCUAGCCUGAGAGGGGAUUUCCUCCGCCCCACCUGCUGGCCUUUGGAGGAAAGUGAAAGUGAAAGGAGGAAGAGGCUGCUUCGGAGCUGAGAAAUCCGAGCGCCAUGAAGCGCCUGUCCCUGCUCCUCGCUGUGGCUUUGGGCUUGGCGACCGCUGUCUCGGCCAGACCCGCGGUGAUUGAGUGCUGGUUCGUGGAGGAUGCGGGCGGGGGCAAGUUGGCCAAGAAACCCGCUGCCCUGCUGCUGCGCCAGGGCGCGGAGAGCCCACCUCCUCGACCGGACCUCGCGCCAGAGCGCUACCUCAAAGUUCACGACCCCGCGGGCGCCCUUCAGGCCGCCUUCAGGCAGUAUCCCCGGGACGCCCCCGCGCCACGCUGCGAGAUGAGCCUCUACGUCCCGCUCCCAGCCUCGGCCAAAUGGCUCAGCGGCUUGACCCCGGAGCAGAGUUGCCCGCGGGCCCUAGACGGGACUUGGCUCAUGGUCAGCAUGUCUAGCCCGUACCUCAGCCUCUCCAGCCUCCUUCGACCACAGUCGGAGCCUCAGCCGGAGCCUGCUCUCAUCACCAUGGCAACAGCUGUCCUAACUGUCUUCACUCACACCCCCACCCCUCGCAUCCCAAUGGGACAAGAUGCCUUGCUGGACUUGAGCUUUGCCUACGUGCCCCUCACCCCCAAGGCUCCUUCUCUGGCCCCAGGUCCCCCUCCCUUUGGGCUGGAGUGGCGACGCCAGCACCUGGGUAAGGGGCACCUGCUGCUAGCUGUGACUCCUGGACUGAAUGGGCAGGUGCCAGCUGCCCAAGAGGGGGCAGUGGCAUUUGCUGCUUGGGAUGACAAUGAGCCCUGGGGGCCAUGGACCGGAAAUGGGACCUUCUGGCUGCCUGCAGUUCGGCCCUCCCAGGAGGGUACCUAUCUGGCUACUGUUCACCUGCCAUACCUGCAAGGGCAGAUCACCCUGGAGCUUGCUGUACAGAAACCCCCCAAGGUGGCCCUGAAACCAGAGCCUCUUGUAUGGGCUGCUCCUGGGGAGGCACCCCCAGAGCUGCUCUGCCUCGUGUCCCACUUCUACCCCUCCCAUGGGCUGGAGGUGGAGUGGGAGCUUCGGGGUGGCCCAGAGGGUCGCUUUCAGAAGGCUGAGGGCCAGAGGUGGCUCUCGGCCCUGACACAUCACUCAGACGGCUCUUUGAGCCUCUCCGCACACCUGCAGCCGCCCCCGGUCACCAGUGAGCAGCAUGGGGCCCGCUAUGCCUGCCGAGUCCACCACCCCAGCCUGUCCACCCUGGGGCGCAGCGCUGAGGUCACCCUGCAGGUGGCUGGUCUCUCUGGGCCCUCUCUGGAGGACGGCAUUGGUCUCUUCCUGUCUGCCUUUCUCCUCCUUGGGAUCCUCAAGGCACUGGGCUGGGCUGCUGCCUACCUGACCACACAGAAUUCAAUGGAAAAGAAAACAGAGUGAAACCAACUCAGCACCAUCCUGGGGAAGCCACCAUCCUCUCCGGUCUAGGCUACUGUAAUAACUCCCCAAAUUGUAUGCCCUCUGUUCCUGCUCCCUCCAGUCUCUCUCCACUGAGCCACUGGAAUGCUUCCUGAAAAGACACAAGGCAUUCACCUCCUUAGGACUCUAGAGCAGCGGUUCUCAAAAUUUUUGGUCUCAGGAUCUCUUAAAAAUUAUUAAGGACUCUAUAAAGCUUUCACUUAUGUAGAUUAUAAGCCACAGAUAUUUACUGUACUGUUCUCAAAACUGAGAACAAUUUAACACACGGGAAGACACAAGCACACGUUCCAUUAGCUGUGGGGACGAUGUCAGUACAUGUCAUGUAGCUUCAGGAAAACGCCAGUGUAGGUUCUUUAGUGACCGAGAGUGAAAAGGCAAGUAAAAGUUUAGGAUUGCUAUGAAAAUAGGCUAAACCUCACGUAGCCCUUGAAAUAGUCUCAGGGACAUCUGGGACAGGAACCGGUGCUCUAGAGGCCAAAUCCAUUGUUUCCUGCCCUGACUCAGUGCAUCCCUGCCCUCCAGCCACUGCUCCGCUUAGCGCUCUCCCGCCCUCCUCCCGAUGCUCAUUACACCUAAAGCUGAUCCUUUUCUCCAUGGCCUCCCACUCCCUCUGGGUCCCAGAGCGUUGUUGUCUCUGCCUGGGCUACGGACCAGGUCAGCCUCGCCCCCUCAGACCGCCGCGUGUCCCUCGGGUGCGGUUCACCACGGUUGUAUUUAAGUGAUUGUGCGAGUCGUUGUUAAAAGCCUGCCUCCCUGCCCGGACUGUUGGCUCCUCGAAGGCUGGGACGACCCUGUCCUUUCCCUGCGGUGUCUCCCGCGCCUGCACAGGGCCCACUGGAGGGCGCUCAAUUUAAGAAGUUAGCCUUUUUUUCGUCCGAAAGAUUAAAAAAUGUGUUGAAUCAAAUGAACUACUGGAAGAAGGAAGCAGCGGCUCGGCUGAGGGGGACCUUCGAGGGCCAGGUCGGUCGGCCCGACGGACGGAGGGUGCGGGUCUAAUCGUGUGGGAAUAAACUCGUUGCAGUGUUUUCAAA